AUGGAGGGAUGCAAUGGUUGGAAGAAGAAGCAGAAGGUUGUGUCUGUUCUUUUCACCGGGUUCAAAACGGCCCUAGGCGACCGUCUAUUCCGCCUCCCCCAGAACCUGGUCGUGAAGUUCACCACUCUCCUAAAAGGGCUCUUUGCAAAUGGUAAGGUUGUCGAUGCAGAGAAAUUAUUCAAGAAGGCUUUGAUUUUAAAACUUUGUGAACCUAAUGAAGUUAUGAUUAUGACUGUGAUAAACGGGCUCUGCAAAAAUGGACACGUUCAUGUUGCUCGUGAUUUGCUUUGGUUAUUGGAAAAGACUAUCUAUAAACCCAAUGUUAAGGCUAAUACCGCUACGGGAAAAGUGGAUGAAGCUUGUCGUCUUUUUCUCGAAGCUUCUUCUAACGGCUCGUACGAGGCAAAUGAUUUGCUUGUGAAAAUGGAGAGUUGUAGUGAGUGUGCACCGGAUAGCAUGGCGUACAACAACAUUAUCCACGGUUUGCUAAAGAGGAAAGAGGUUUAUGAGGCAAGGCCAUUCUUAGAGGAAAUGUACAAAAGCAGAUUCUCGGCCAAUGCAGCUACUUCGUCCAUGUCUCGCGGCUUUGAAGGAGAAAUUCCGCAGUCACUUUCCCAACUUGAAGGACUAAGUUAUAUUAAUUUGGGUGACAACAAUCUCAUAGGCACUAUUCCUUUAGGUAUGUUCAAUAUAUCAACUAUCGAGCAAUUUAAAGUUGAUUUUAAUGAUAUUCAUGGAACCAUACCCUCUACUAUAGGCCUAACUCUCCCUAAUCUGAAGCUUCUAGUCUUGGGAAAAAAUCAAUUUAGUGGGCGUGUUCCGAUCUCUCUGUCGAAUGUUUCCUCCCUUGAAUUAUUGGUUUUGUCAGUUAAUAAUUUUAAUGGGAUAAUGCCAAGGUUUGGGGGACUUUCAAAGCUUGAUUCUUUAUAUGCUGCAGAAACCUUGAUUGAAGAUGAUAUUAGUUUCAUUUCAUCGUUAACGAACUGCACAAGCCUACGAGUUCUUGAUUUAGGAGAUAACCCUUUAAUUACUGGUUCAAUUCCGGAAACAAUUGCGAAUAUGUCAACCCUUUUUGAUAGACUAAGAAUUUAUGGUACUCAAAUAGUUGGAAGGAUUCCUGCAGGCAUCGGAAACCUUAUUCGUCUCACGCGCUUACAACUUUCUUACAACAAUAUUGAGGGUCCUAUUCCUUUGAGCAUCGGUAGACUAUUUAAUUUGCGCGUUCUUAACUUGGAAGAUAACAGAAUUACAAGUGAUGCACCGUCCGCAUUUGGAAACCUAACUUUUUUGUACUCUCUAUCCUUGCAAAUAAACAACUUCUCUGGAAUUAUUCCCACGAGUCUUGUUAACUGCACCACCAUGCGAGAAUUAGAUCUUUCUCGAAACAACUUCAUUGGCCCAAUACCCCGAGAGAUUCUUAUUCCCACCAGUUAUGUUUUCUGGAAUUUGUCUUACAAUGAACUCACGGGUUCGAUUCCAGUUGAAGUUGGUUCACUGACAAAGGUGGAAGUCUUAGAUUUUUCUAAUAAUAGACUGUCUGGACUUGUUCCAAACUCUUUAGGGAUGUGCAAUAGUUUGGAAUGGCUACAUUUGGAGGGUAAUUUAUUCGAAGGACAAAUACCUCAGGGACUGGGUUCUUUAAGAGGCUUGACAAAUCUAGAUCUUUCACGGAAUAAUUUGUCUAGAACAAUCCCAAUUUUCUUGAAUCUCUUACACGCAACAAAUGGAUUUUCGGAGUAUAAUAUUUUGGGUCGUGGGAGAUUCGGAUCUGUUUACAAAGGCAUUAUCGAUAAUGGCCACACAUUUUUAGCCGUGAAAAUUCUUAAUCUUUUUGUAAAAGGAGCUACUAAGAGUUUCAUGGCGGAAUGCAACGCAUUGAGUGGCAUAAGACACAAAAAUGUCGUGAAAAUGUUGAGUGUUUGCGAAAGCGUUGACUUCCAAGGAAACGAUUUCAAGGCAUUGAUUUACGAAUUUAAGGCUAAUGGGAGUUUGGAUAAAUGGUUGUGCUACAAUAGGGAACAAGAGAAAGGUCAAUCUGAAACCCAACUUAGAUAUCUUGACAUUAAACAGAGGCUCAACAUUGCUAUUGAUAUUGCUCGAGCAGUUGAAUAUCUCCAUUGUGGUACUAAUUCAACAAUUGUUCACGGCGAUUUAAAGCCAAGUAACAUUCUUUUGGAUCAAGAUAUGACGGCUUGCGUUGGUGAUUUUGGAUUAGCAAAGAUUAUUUCAAGCAUACUUUCACCGCAAGAAAGUAGUGGCACAAUUGGCAUAAGGGGUACCAUUGGCUAUGUCCCUCCAGAAUAUGGCACGAGUAACACGAUCACAAGAAAAGGCGAUGUGUAUAGUUAUGGCAUUCUUGUAUUGGAGAUGUUCACAAACAGAAGACAGAAGACCAACAGAUGA